GCCACUAAGAUUUCAAAACUGAAUGGGACUGCUGAAAGAAUUACUGUGAAAGUUAUUUGUUUUCAGGUCUGUAAAACCGAGCCUCCUGAUGACACGGAAGCCGAGAUUCCCAGAAAACAGAAAAGUGGAAGUGAACCACCUCCUGCGAAGAAUGUGAUAGAACGGAAAACAAGUUCUACCGGCAGAUUUGUUGUCAUGUCCGAUAACCCGAAUGGAGUGGCGGAUCUUUCUGCUGUUUUUGAUCGUCGAGGUUCACAUGAUGACGGUGCGAAGGAGAAUGGUAUCCAGUCACAAGAGCAGCCCGCUCCACGUUCUAAAGGGGUCCACUUUUCCGUAGGCGAUAAAGAACGAGACGAUGAAGAACAUAAGCGGGAACAACCGGAAACAAAUACAACCAUUAACUUGAAGAGCUGGCGCUACAUGAAAACUCUCGAACAUCCCCCUAUAAUGGACUUCUAUCGCAAUUCCGUGGAUAUUAUCGAAGGAGGUGGACAUGCUCGUCCUUCUAUGCUUCAGUUGAUUCAUGGAGACAAGUCAGUUCCUGAAGAGAUGGAUAUCGAAGGAUUCAAGUUGCAAAAUGAUGAAUUAGUCGAAGGACAGAUUGAAAAACCGGAGAAGAAAGCACGUAUGGAGAAAUUUAAUCCUCCUCCAACACAGGCUCGCGUGAAAUUUGGAUGGAUUCAAGGUGUAUUUGUGCGAUGUCUUUUGAAUAUUUUCGGCGUAAUGUUAUAUCUUCGCAUCAGUUGGGUUGCUGGUCAAGCUGGUAUCGGUCUUGGUUCAAUGAUUGUGCUUUUGGCAUCAGUUGUCACUUCUAUCACCGCCAUCUCUACAUGCGCUAUUUGCACUAACGGUGACGUUAAAGGCGGUGGAGCCUAUUUUUUGAUAUCUCGCUCACUAGGACCAGAAUUUGGUGGAUCUAUUGGUUUGAUCUUUUCUGUGGCGAAUGCAGUUGGUGCAGCCAUGUAUGUUGUUGGGUUCGCUGAAACAGUACGAGAUCUUCUAAAAGAAGGAGGUCUGAAAGUCAUCGAUGCUGAUAUGUGGGACGUGCGGAUAGUUGGAUUUGUGACGUGCAUAGCUUUAAUGGGCAUCGUUUUUAUCGGAACGGAAUUCGAAUCGAAAAUGCAGAUGGGCUUGCUUGUAAUACUUGUGGCCUCGAUCAUCAAUUAUAUGAUUGGCUCAGCCCUCCCAAUAAACGAAGAGAUGGCAGUACGAGGAGCAACAGGAUACAGCUGUAAGUGUUUCGCAUCUCUAAGAUGUUCAGUGUUUAUAAGGCGCAAUAACGACAUUGGUGAUUGGUUGGAUACAAAGACGGAAAAAUGUCGACACUCACGGAAAACUUCUUACCAGCUUUUCGAGGUGGAGAAGGACUUUUUCUCAGUGUUUGCUGUCUACUUUCCUGCAGCCACAGGCAUCAUGGCUGGCGCCAACAUAAGUGGCGAUCUGGCGGAUCCUCAGCAUGCUAUACCGAUAGGAACUCUUCUUGCCAUAGCUGUAACGACGACGAUCUAUCUUGCGACAGUUUGGAUGACAGGGUCGACAUGCGUCAGAAUCUUUGCUGCAACUCUUAGUUCUGCUCUUGCUAGUCUUGUCAGCGCUCCCAAAGUGUUCCAGGCUGUGUGCAAAGACAGGCUGUUUCCGAAAAUUGGGUAUUUCGCCAAAGGAUACGGGAAAAAUGAAGAACCAAGGCGAGCCUACGCUCUUACAUUCAUCAUAGCUAUGGCCAUGAUAGGAAUAGGUGAUCUUAACGCAAUCGCUCCGAUAAUCUCCAACUUUUUCCUCGCUUCUUAUGCACUUAUCAACUACGCCUGUUUCGAUGCAUCAUUUGCUGACUCUCCAGGUUUCCGCCCUGGUUUCAAAUAUUACAACAUGUGGGUAUCCCUUGGAGGUGCACUUCUUUGCAUUGUGGUUAUGUUCAUUAUCAGCUGGGCAACGGCGUUGAUCACAUUUUUCUGUUUUGCUGCUUUGUUCAUGUACAUAUUGCAUCGUAAACCCGGUAGGUCGCCUAUUACAAUGAUCCAUAAUCCUUACUUAUUCGUACGUAAUUCAUUUUAUUAUCAUUGUCUUGACACAGAUGUUAACUGGGGCUCCUCUACACAAGCGCACAGUUACAAAAAUGCUCUAGCAGGAAUGAUAAAGCUGGCUAAUACCGAGGAGCACGUGAAAAAUUACAGACCCCAAAUACUGGUAUUGUGUGGAAAUGCGGCUUCAAGACCAUCCCUUGUUGAUUUUGCUAACAAUAUCACGAAAGGAACAUCAUUGAUGAUUUGCGGAUAUGUGGUUCCGUAUAAUCCGUCCGACCGGGUAUAUUCUGUGAUGCGAAAGUUAGAGCGCCAGCUGACUGAAUGGUUGCGCAAACGGCGGGUCAAGGCGUUUUACGUUUCUGUUGCAAAUUCCAGCCUUCGAGCAGGAUCUCAGUCCCUGUUGCAGGUUUGCGGUCUCGGUAAACUGCGCCCCAAUAUCAUUCUAAUCGGCUUCAAGACUAACUGGUACCGUGGAGGACCAACCCCGCACACAAUGAGCGAGCUCAAUGAAUAUUUUGGGACGAUUCAGCCCCGUGUGCGUGCUCCGCAACGCGCGAGAAUGGGACUGCGAAUUCACGAAGCCAGUGAGACUCCUGACGUGGGUCUUGGUUCAAUGAUUGUGCUUUUGGCAUCAGUUGUCACUUCUAUCACCGCCAUCUCUACAUGCGCUAUUUGCACUAACGGUGACGUUAAAGGCGGUGGAGCCUAUUUUUUGAUAUCUCGCUCACUAGGACCAGAAUUUGGUGGAUCUAUUGGUUUGAUCUUUUCUGUGGCGAAUGCAGUUGGUGCAGCCAUGUAUGUUGUUGGGUUCGCUGAAACAGUACGAGAUCUUCUAAAAGAAGGAGGUCUGAAAGUCAUCGAUGCUGAUAUGUGGGACGUGCGGAUAGUUGGAUUUGUGACGUGCAUAGCUUUAAUGGGCAUCGUUUUUAUCGGAACGGAAUUCGAAUCGAAAAUGCAGAUGGGCUUGCUUGUAAUACUUGUGGCCUCGAUCAUCAAUUAUAUGAUUGGCUCAGCCCUCCCAAUAAACGAAGAGAUGGCAGUACGAGGAGCAACAGGAUACAGCUUGUCGACACUCACGGAAAACUUCUUACCAGCUUUUCGAGGUGGAGAAGACUUUUUCUCAGUGUUUGCUGUCACUUUCCUGCAGGCCACAGGCAACUCAUGGCUGGGCGCCAACAUAACAUGCUAUAUCCCGAUAGGAACUCUUCUUGCCAUAGCUGUAACGACGACGAUCUAUCUUGCGACAGUUUGGAUGACAGGGUCGACAUGCGUCAGAGAUGCAGACGGAGUCUUCCCUCCCAUGUGGAAUGGAACAGUUUUCAAACCACCAGACUGUGCAGCAAACGACACGUGCCCUUAUGGACUGAUGAACUUCUUCCAGAUCAUGGAAAUGGAAUCUUUCUGGGGGCCGUUAAUCACUGCAGGAAUCUUUGCUGCAACUCUUAGUUCUGCUCUUGCUAGUCUUGUCAGCGCUCCCAAAGUGUUCCAGGCUGUGUGCAAAGACAGGCUGUUUCCGAAAAUUGGGUAUUUCGCCAAAGGAUACGGGAAAAAUGAAGAACCAAGGCGAGCCUACGCUCUUACAUUCAUCAUAGCUAUGGCCAUGAUAGGAAUAGGUAAGAGUUUCCCCAGACCCCAAAUACUGGUAUUGUGUGGAAAUGCGGCUUCAAGACCAUCCCUUGUUGAUUUUGCUAACAAUAUCACGAAAGGAACAUCAUUGAUGAUUUGCGGAUAUGUGGUUCCGUAUAAUCCGUCCGACCGGGUAUAUUCUGUGAUGCGAAAGUUAGAGCGCCAGCUGACUGAAUGGUUGCGCAAACGGCGGGUCAAGGCGUUUUACGUUUCUGUUGCAAAUUCCAGCCUUCGAGCAGGAUCUCAGUCCCUGUUGCAGGUUUGCGGUCUCGGUAAACUGCGCCCCAAUAUCAUUCUAAUCGGCUUCAAGACUAACUGGUACCGUGGAGGACCAACCCCGCACACAAUGAGCGAGCUCAAUGAAUAUUUUGGGACGAUUCAGGAUGCAUUCGAUAGCAAUAUGGCAGUGUGCGUGCUCCGCAACGGCGAGAUGGGACUCGAUUUCAGCGAAGCCAUGAGACUCUUGAACGUGGGUGAGCCUAAACGCCUGGAUAUCAACCUCGAUGAUAAAGAGAUUGAGAAGGAAGGGCUGGGAUCGCCUUCCCGUCCAUCCGUAAACGAUUCCGAUCCGAAGGUAGCUCCUGAGCCAACAGAUGGCAAUGAUGACGAAAAGGCUGAAACAGAAUCAUCCAACACUUUGACGGAAAACUACGGAUUCGACGACACGGAGUUAGCUCAUCAUUUAAGCAUGAUGGUUUGGGAAAGUCUGAUCGCGCCAUUCAUUUGCGGAGAUGAUCAGGACUGUCCUCCUGGUAUGACCACCAAAACGGAGUUGGAGGCACAAAAGCAGAAGACCUAUCGACAGCUGCGAACUGCUGAACUCCUUCAUGACCAUUCCAUGGAUGUAGAUCUUGUUGUGAUAACCCUACCUGUACCACGUAAAGGUAUGGUCAGCGCUUCACUGUACCUUUCAUGGCUAGACAUAAUGACUCGACGGCUUCCACCCACCUUGCUGGUUCGUGGAAAUCAGACCUCUGUUUUGACAUUUUAUUCGUAG